AUAUACUCGGUGGGUCAAGUUGCGGGCGCGGGCUUGGUUCGUCUUUUGACUGGAGCUUGAGUUCCUUUCUUCCUCCAUGGUCUGAGCAUGUUCUGAGACCAGUCUCAUUCAUACAUGUGGUCUUUUGCAGGAUUUGUGAAGAUGGCAACGGUCGACCAGCAACAGAACGCAGAGGCUGGUAAAUCCAUGGAGGACGGAUACAACUCUGAGGGCUCAGACAUCGACAAGCAGGACAAGAACGUGAAGAAGGAUGAAUGGGAGCUGUUUUUCGAGUCCCAUGAGCCACCGACAGACUUUGCCAGCAAGAAGCUGCAGAUGCAUGAGUUUGCUGAGGGGCACAUGAAGAACGGUACACGGGUCGUGCUUGUGACAUCAGGUGGGACAGCAGUGCCCCUGGAGAACAAGAUGGUGCGGUUCAUCGAUAAUUUCAGCUCUGGAAAAAGAGGCGCAGCCUCUGCUGAACAGUUCCUUUCGGAAGGCUACGCCGUGAUCUUCCUUCACCGACACAAGACGCUUUUACCAUACGAACGCCACCUGGCCAACACAAGGUUGACGGAUGUGUUGGAUAUACGGAACGAUUCUGACGGCACGCAGCAAAUAAUCGCCAAUCAAGACAAAUUCCCCAAGCUUCUCUCCAUCUUGAAGGGUUACAAGGAGGUCCAGGCUUCCAACAGUCUCCUCCUGAUAGAGUUCAUGAUGCUGCAGGAGUAUCUAUAUCUCCUCCAGGCUGCGGCUGAGGCUCUGUCCUUCGCUGGUACCCACGCCAUGUUCUACCUAGCUGCCGCGGUGUCAGACUUCUACAUUCCAAGCGAAGAAAUGAUUGAGCACAAAAUCCAGUCGGCCGACGGCCCGCCCAACAUCAUCCUUCAUGUCGUGCCCAAGAUGCUUACCCCGUUGGUGCGGCACUGGGCCCCCGAGGCCUUCGUGGUAUCCUUCAAACUGGAGACAGACCGGUCGUUGCUCUUGGACAAGGCCAGGCAAGCCUUAGAAAAAUACAACCACCAGGUGGUUAUAGCUAACAUUUUGGAGGAGCGGAAUGAAUGGGUCACCAUGGUAACGCCAGAGGAAUACCAGAAACUCUCCAUCACGGAUAGAAAUGUGUCGUGCAUCGAGGAAUUAAUCAUAUCGGAUCUGGUCACGAAACACACGGUAUUCAUUGUGAACAACUCCAGUGAGUGACAAAAUGUCACCGAAGGUUUCCCCGUCGAUUGUAAUGCAGGAACGGGUUAAAAUAUGAAGUGCCAAAAUACAUAAAGGCUAUGAGUUGCGUUUCAUAUUAGAAGUACAUUUACAUGUACUUCUCUGGUGUUGGACAACUACGACAGUACUCAGCAGUGUUGUAGUACUCGUACUCGGUACUCAUACUCGAGCACUACUCGAGUACUUUUUUUUUAGAGUACUCGUACUCAUACUUGUACUCGAAUGUCAAAGUACUCGUACUCGAAACGACGGUACUGGACCCAACUGAACAAAAAAGAAUCAGCUUGGUCUCGUGUCAUGUUGGGGCUGGGCUACUGAUGCUUUUGACAACGUUUGGUUGAAGUCGGUCAAAAUAUACAGGAGCAUUAGAAAAUGUCAAAAUUUGUUACUAACUAACAAAUGGACUAACUAACGUACGAACUAACGGGAAAACGUGAUGAUUUGUUGAGCUGCUACCUGCAGCUAAAAACAAAUAAGUGACAAGGCUCAUUUUGCCAGAACUGGUCA